GCAAUAUGGGCGUUGAUUUCACCUAUUCUCUUGUUGAAACUCGUCAACUGGCGAAAACUAAAGUUGUCGCUUGUGUAUGGUCACCAAGGACUGAUUUAAUUGCUUUAGGCUCAUCCAAUGGAUGCAUUUCAGUGCAUAGGUAUAAAAUGACGUGUAUUUGGGAAUGUGAUAAAUCAGAUUUAGGCUCUGUCAGCUGUUUAGCCUGGCGACCAGAUGGGAAAAUAUUGACAGCAGCAUUCCAAUCGGGUACUGUAUGCUUUUUUGUUGUUGGAGAUGGCUUCCUAUUUCAUGAAUUACACUUCACCAAUCCAAUAGACCAUUUGUCAUGGACAAAUUAUCAAUGUUCAGGCAAUAAUACUGCCGGCGAUGAAAAUGGAUGUUUGAAAAAUAAGGUGGCCGCUUAUUUCCCUGAAGUGAAACAUUUAAGCAUGUUUAAAUCAGAUGUCAAUUUCUCGUCAUCCGAUGUCUACAAGUAUGAACAAUUGCUCGGAGAACUGCCAAAUAACAAUUUCCCAAUAUUGACAGUGUAUUCAAAUCGUGUCGUUUCAUUCUACGGCUAUGGUGUAUUUGAAAUUGCCGCGUAUACUUUACACUCGACAAAUGCUGAUACGUCUUCCAAGCUUAUUAGUUGUCAUUUAUCAGCUGAACAGAAUAUACUUUUGCUUACUGAAGCACUGCUAGAUGCUAAUGGACAAUAUGGUGUACUUUGUCAUAAGAUUCCAUGCGAUGGAUUUCAACGAUUCAAUCAUCAGUUAAUGAAGCUAUCAUUACAGGCUUUUUCAAUUAAAAUUACAAAAUCUCUGUUAGAUUGGAGUUUUAAUCAAGUCUGUAUUUGUUGGGAAGAUAUGAUCUUGGAAAUGAAUACUAAAUUUACUAAUUAUGCACGUGAACGAUUAAAGCAUAACAAAGAUUGGUCAUUAUGCGUAGAACUUCUGGAGUUUAUUCUCUUUGGCUAUUGUUGUCCUGAUUUGAAGAAGUUCCUUGUGGAGGAUUGGACUGCAGCGAGUUUAAAGCGUACUGGUACAACUACACUGAAGGCAUAUGAAUCGAUUAAGACAAUAUGCUUUCAACAGAUUCAAUUCUUUUUACAACGUCUGCUAUUUCAUGUCUCUGAAGUAAUUGGAAGUUUACGUGACACCCAACUGUGUCAUGAAUUAGAAAUAUCUCCCAAUAUAGCAUUACAGCUUUUUCGAACUAUUGCUAUGACACUACAGAAAACACAAGAAUUACAGCUGGUUAUUGAGAAGAGUAUUAUAAAACUGCGCGCCUUCUUUAAAUGGUUAUUUGGUGCUAUACUUGAACAGUCUGGACGUGUUCUACCGAUUGAAUAUCCUAGACUGAAUCUUACUGAACGUGAACUUGUUAUUAAUUUUAUCACGGAUUCUUUGCAACCAAAAGUUGUUGAUGGUGAGCUACAAGAUUACCAAGUUGACUUAGUUGAACAGUAUAUUCGAUCUGGUGAAGUUCAUAAACCACUAGAGGCUGUUGCACAAUCAUCUUUACAUAAGGAUACAGAACGUGCAAAUUUACGUAAAUCCCUUGAAGAAAUUAUUGAACAAACAGAUAAAGGAUAUUUACCAGAUGGUUUCUUUUCCUACUGUUCUCGAGCUACACUAGCUGAUCUAAUUCAAAAGAAUAUCGAGAGUGAUAUAAUAAAUCUCAUUCGAUUACCCGUAAAUUCAAAUACUACCCGUGGCUGUCUAGAUGUGAGCCGUCGGUCUACAAAGAUUUUAUUCAAUGGGGAUUCCCCCGACCUGCUGGACUUUGGUGUACAUUGUACAUCAAUCAAUUGUUUAGAAGACUCGAAUGAAACAAAGUCAUCUUGUCAUACAUCGAAAGGAACAGUAUUGAUGGCGUAUACAAUGGGAGAUGAAAAUUUCGGCUUCAGUUCAUUGUUGACAAUUGAAGUAGACGGAAGCAGUGUUAAUUCUGCAUUUCACGUAUUGAAUGGUGUUGAACUUCUUCUGGAUUCUAUACCUGGUGAUUCAAACCCUGCAAAUUUACCUUAUGAAUUACAAGAUAUGCAGUUUUAUUCUCCACAAAUACUUCUCCUAUUAGUAUCACGUCGUUCAAAACAUUCGAAAUCUCAAUACCUUCGAUCAACAAAGUCGAAUAGCAAAGCUGAUGAAUUAGACACAGAAGUGGCUAUAUCACGUAAAACAGCUAACGAUUUAAUGCAUAGUUGGCUUGUAAUGGUACCUAUUCGUGAUAUACUGAAUACUGGUAAAGAAGAAGAAGUUCUAAAACAGACGGAUACAGUAGCUUCGAUCGUGAAUGAAUCGAUUCAAACUAAUUUACCAAAAAGGAAUAUCUCUGAGUUUAUUACACGGACAAAUGUCGAGGCGCUACCAUGGCAUGCUAUAAAAUUAACAACUAAUGGUGAUCGUUCAAUUAUUUUUGUUCUAUUUGAAAACUAUUCAACUUGUCGUGUUUAUCUCAUGGAACGACCAGAAUCAGAUGAAACUAUGACCGUUGACUAUCCUGCCGGUGAUGAGAAUCCUACGAAUCCUGUGGGUGAGGACAAUACUGGCACUACUAUCACUACUACUGCUGGUGGUAGCGGUGGUCCUUCCAUUCCUGCUGAUGAUGUUGAUGUAGCGAUGUAGUAUAGUUCAAUGCGUGUUAACGGACUAAUUUUUUUGUGUAUAUAAUUAUUGUUAUUGAUUAAUGUGUGUGUGUGUGAAUUUGUUUGUUUUUUCAGAGUUCUCUUCUUCAUGUAAUCUAUCUGUUACGCAAUUAUUCUUAUUCCCUUUGUUUUGUGUGAAGAAAUUUAUGUUUUACUUUCAUCCGAAAUACAAAACUCCAAAGAUUUAA